AUGGCUGAAGGGGCUGAGCCCAUGGACGAAUCCCAAGGUCCUGAAGUUAAAACCCAGCAGCCCACGGAAAGAGUCCUCGCGGGACCGCUGAGGCGGGGCUCGCGCUCCGUGCUCGAGGUGUCCCAGCUAUUGCUCCACGCCAUCGCCGGGCACAAAAGGCUGACCCUGGCGGCUCUCAAGAAAGAGUUCGGAAAUGCGGGCUACGAGGUGCGCAAGAAGUGUGGCCGCCUCUUGGGCGAAGGGUCCAGGUCUGAAGGGAAGGGCCUUCUCCUCCGGGUGAGCGGUAGCGAAGCCCCCGGCUGCUUCAGGAUCUGGAAGGUUCCUAAGCCGAAGAGAAAGCCCGGACGCCCAAGGCUGGAGGAGGGCGUGCGCUCGCCGAAGACCCCUCUCCGGGUGUGGAACUUACGCAGGCGCAGGCGCAGGCGCAGGUGCUGGCGCUCUGCGCGCUGCACGGUGGCCAGGAAGGCAUGGAGGGGGCGCUUGAGGGCAGACUCGAGGAAGGUGAGGUCAAGGGCCAAGCACCUGGUGAGUUCCAGAACCAAGGAGAAAGGGAGGGCCAAGAAGGAAAACAUCAGGCCCAGAUCCCGAAAUGAGAAAAGGCCAAGCUCCAAGGCUAGGGAAGAAAAGAAGCAGGACCCGAAGAAGCCGGUGAAACGGACCGUCCAGAGGCCAACUUCCGCUAAAACCAACCGGACUUCGCUUGGGCAGGCGAAGACUUACCACUCGAGGGCUACUCGCACCAAGACUUCCGCUAAAGCUCAAGGUGCUCGGAGAGCCACCGGGAGUCCAUAG